ACUUGAAUAAAGCAACCACACAGCCAAGUAUCCAACCAGAAACUGUGGCCAACCUCUUAAUGACGAAAAAUCCUCCGCUUCAUCACUGAAAAAGCUGUUUUCUAAGGUCACUUGGCGACCAACCCUGAAGCGGACGGUACUGAUCAAACCAACAAAAUCGCCACUUCCUCUCUCUGGUCCUCCUUUACAGUUUGACAUCGAGAGUACAAUCUCCCACUGAAUAUAAUUUACAUCGAAUCUCAUCAUGCCUCAACCACAACCAAACGGCGGAGCAAACGCGUCGAGUGGAUCUUCAAGUGCACCGGCUCCAUCCGACGCCGAUCUAGCCCAGGCCUUCAAAGACCUCACCAAAGGGGAGCAACAAGCCGCUGCACUGGAGCGCAAUCUCACGAGCCUCGAGAGCAAGCUCGAUGCGCUGUUGGCACAAUUCGAGGAUGCGGCCAAGGAGGCGGAAACUGGCAAAGGGAAGGAUGAAGCUCCGGAGACGACAGAUCGAGCGGCAGGCGGGAAGGAAUAGGGUGUUAGUUGGAGUUUUCUAGGUGGAAGGAUUGCGCUGUAUAUCUAUGUCAGGCUCCUGAAAUACGUAUGGGGCCGGUGCUGUUCGAGAAGCUGGGUGCUCUGAGGAGAGCAUUCCCAAUGCCAUCAUGUCCAGUUUUCGGAAGUUUGCUCUUUCAACACAUUCCCUAGGUUUUAGCUCAUAGAGAACAACCGGCACCCGACAGCUUGAGACCGAAAAGUAACAAAUGGCACUUGUUCAGUUCCACAUAAUUGUUUUUGCCAUUCAAAAUUAAAAGCCGACGAAUGAAUGUCUUGACCACAUCUG